GCUACAACGCUCCUCGGAGACAUCAAAACCGACGCUUUUGGAAAUAUUGUUUGGAUGUAACGCAACGGGAUCGGUAUCAUUUAGCAUCUAUACAGAAACGUCACGCGCAUGCGUUUGCGUCCAUCUGGAUAAUACAGACGCGAACGCGAGUGUUGCGCGUCACGCGAAUACUGAAGUGAAUACAAAUGAUGUUGUGAAUUGACUAAAUAAUUUUUAACUGAUGCGCGUCACAGCAGGUGGAUGAUGAUGAUGUUAGUUAAGUAUUUUCUCAAUUCGUCAUUUAUAUGACUCUUAUGACCCGGUCAGUCCUGCUGGACCAGCCUUAGGUGUCUUGGUCACGAGCGCAAUGGUUCUAGUUCAUGGAUCCGCCCAGGUGGGGUUCGAACCUGAAACCUUCGGUUCAGCCUCCUAAGGUGUUUGGGCAGUCAUGUUGCCCGGGGUGGGUGUGUUCGGCACCAGUCUCACGACUCGGGUCAUCAUCCCUCUGCUGAAGAACGAGGGCUUCUCGGUGAAGGCGUUAUGGGGUCGCACGGAGGAGGAGGCAGAGGAGCUCGCGCGCGAGAUGAACGUGCCCUUCUACACUAACCGGAUCGAUGACGUGCUGCUGCAUCAGGAUGUGGAUCUGGUGUGUAUCAACCUGCCGCCGCCGCUCACGAAACAGAUCGCCGUCAAGACGCUCGGUAUUGGAAAAAACGUAAUCUGCGACCGGGCCGCGACACCGCUGGAUGCCUUCCGCAUGAUGUCAGCAGCCCAGUACUACCCUAAACUGCUAAGCAUAAUGGGUAACGUGUUGCGCUUCCUUCCUGCAUUUGUUCGUAUGAAGGAGCUCCUGGAAGAAGGUUACGUUGGGGAACUCUUGGUGUGCGAGGCGCAAGUGCACAGCGGCAGCCUUCUCGGGAAGAAGUACAACUGGAGCUGUGAUGACCUCAUGGGCGGCGGCGGACUCCACUCUGUUGGCAGCUACAUCAUCGACCUGCUCACGUUUCUAACCGGCCGGCGAGCGGUGAAGGUCCACGGCUUCCUCAAGACCUUCGUCAAGCAGACCGACCACAUCCAAGGUAUUCGCCAAAUCACCAGCGAUGACUUCUGCACCUUUCAGAUGGCGCUAGAGGGUGGUGCUUGCUGCACGGUGACGCUCAACUUCAACGUUCCUGGUGAGUUCCGUCAAGAGGUGGUGGUCGUGGGCACGGCCGGCAGGUUGACGGUGAGCGGGACGGACUUGUACGGACAGAAAAACGAAGGCGAAGGUGGACAAGAGCUCUUGCUGAAAGAUAACACCCCUGUGUGGGAUGCAUCCUUACCUGACAAGGCGUACCGAGACAUCCCGUCGCCUUACCUUACCGGCACCCUCUGUAUGGUUCAGGCAGUACGGCAGGCGUUCCAAGACCAAGACGACCGUCGUACCUGGGACGGUCGACCGCUCACUAUGGCUGCUACCUUUGAGGACUGUCUAUAUGCACUUUGUGUCGUGGACACGAUCAAGAAGUCCAAUCAAUGCGGAGAGUGGCAGAACAUUGUCGUGAUGACGGAAGAACCGGAGGUCAGUCCCGCUUACCUGAUCAGCGAGGCCAUGCGUCGCAGCAGAAUGUCGCUGUACUGCUAAUGCAGCUUGUAAGAUUCGGGAAAAGUGGAAACGCAAGCAAGGUUGAUUGCAGCUAAGCGUUCUUGCUGUAAGCAAACGGCAAUAGUCGCUCUCAAACGGAUUAUAAUCAUGAACACCAUCGCUUGCAGAGUCUCGUUGGAUUUACAACUUUGAGAGACUGGAGACCAUACAUUGUGUUUUCCUGGGAAUACCACACCUUGAAGACAUGCAAGCAGUGGAGACUUGCCUUGUCCUUGUUGCACAGAGUUGCAUUUCACAAGAUGGGCUUGACUGCAUCUAUCCUAUGUCUUUGUAGAACAUGUUGGUGUGUCGACAGACCUACCCUAGAGACCUGGUCAAGUCGCUGAGUAUGCAAUAAAUCUAACUAGAUAUGCUGUCAAUGCCAUGCUUGCUGAUGUACAAGGGCAUGCAUGUGUUCCUACAUCAAACAAACAAAACCAUGCAAUUACAAUCAUGCGCUUCUGUCUGGCUUUGGUUUUGAAGGUACCGAUGGGAUGUUAAGGCUAGCUACAUGUGUCUGUUUGUGUUUGCAUGCUAGAGCGAAAUCGUUGUAUUUGUGUGGACGUGGACUCAAGCCGUCAACCAAUGACUGUAAUUGCAUGAGAUCUGCACUGACACUGAAAAGAGACGGCAUAUGUGUUACAAGGUGCUGCAAGAAUAGCAAACGUUUCCGUAUCGGUCAAACCACAUAUUAGAAAACGUGUUAUAUUACGUCAUUGUCUUGUCGAUCCAUUUGACUGCAAGUGUAGAUUUAUAGCCCAUGUGACUCUUUCGGUUGUCAUAUCCCCAUUCGGACCUGUGGUUCUCAACUGGCUGUUGCUUUGGGCCUUCAGGAGUUUUGCUCUUGGUUUUCAUGUAAUUGACAAAUUAAUUUGCACCAAAAUACCGUAGACUGAUUGUGACGUAUAGUUUGUAACGUCAACAUCAAAUGCUAUUGUAAGUGUUAGCUUGUCUUUUAAGAACGGACAAGCCAAUCUUAUGUUAAUCGCUCUUAAUAUUAGUAUUUAGCAUUAGCACUGACUACCCACUUGUUCAGAACCGUUGCUUUAGAUAGUUAUUGCGCAUCUUUGAGAGCUAACCUAUGCGUGAUAAUCGAUAAACCUGAAAAUAUAUACCAAAAAAUGUGCUAAAUGGUGCUAGACUGUCAUAUGAACACUUGUACUUUUUUGGGGGGUUUUUAGAUAUAAUGGAAUUUGAGUUCAGUCUCAUUUUAUUUAGUGUAGCAAGGCAGUUAAGGCUAACCUUUACAACAAAAUGAUAACGUGUGGAUUUGUUUCCAUAUUUUGUCCUCAUCCAUCACUCCAGAUCUCCAAGAUCGCAAUUAAUGGUGCAUUCAUGUCAUGUCAGAAUUACAAUUAUUACGAAAUUCUGACUUAUGCAAUCUUCUUAUUUAACGUCAUUGUAGAACUCAUAAUAACGAGUUGUAAACUCUAAAUACUAUGAAAAAUAAUAUGAUUCAAAAUAAUAUGACUUGAAAAUCAUGUUGCUAUUGACAAUAAUAGCCAGUAUGUGGCUGCAGUGUUGUCUGCUAUCCCCUACUGUGUAGUCAUUCUAAAUGUUAUAAAAGUCAUGCGUUUGGUUCUAUAUUUAGACAUUAUCAAACUAUUAUUUGUCGAAGUUUUUUGACAAAUAAUUUUUUGUUAGUUUUUUCCAUUUUUGCAAUGGUCACAUAAUGCUUAGUCAAACCUGACCCUGGUGUUACAAAGAGAAGACACAGAACAAUAAUUUCUUUCAGACAUCACAGUGUAGUAACUUAAAGUAAAUUAAUAAUACUGUCAAGACAAUGUAAUGGAAAAUUGUAAAAAUAGAAUUAGUGUAUAAAACAGAAGACCCAGACUUUGUUCAAUGUGUGUGUGUGCACGUUCAUGCAUGUGUGUUUUUGUGUGCAUGCAUGCAUAUAUAUGUGUGUGCGCGUGUGUGUGCGCAUGCGCGUGAGCGUGUGUGUGUGCAUGCAUGUUUGUAUGCAUGCGUGUGUGUGUGUGUGCAUGCGUGUGUGCAUGCUUGUAUGAGUGUGUGUGUUCUGCCUUCUGGCUGUGUUAAUCUUACACGUUUAUUUCUGUUUCUGUGUGUGUUGCAUUGUGGGUGUGUUAUGGUCUCACCCCCUUGUUUAUCUGUGUGUCUGUGCGUGCAUGCGUGUGUGCGCGCCUGUGCGUGCAUGCAUGUUUGUAUGCAUUCGUGUGUUUAUGUGUGUGUGUGUGUGUGUGUGUGUGCGUGCAUGUUUGUAUGCAUGCAUGCGUGUGUGUGUGUGUGCACGCAUGCAUGUUUGUUUGUGUGUGUGUGUGUGUGUGCGCAUGCGUGUGUUUGUGUGCAUGCUUGUAUGAGUGUGUGUGUUCUGCCUUCUGGCUGUGUUAAUCUUACACGUUUAUUUCUGUUUCUGUGUGUGUUGCAUUGUGGGUGUGUUAUGGUCUCACCCCCUCGUGUGUGUGUGUGUGUGUGUUUGUUUUGCACUCUGCAUGUUUUAUAGUUUCACCCCUUCAUUUCUGUGUGUGUUCUGCUUUGUGGCUGAUUUAUUAAAAAAAAUGAUGGUCCUUUUUUUUUUUUUUGACCUUCCUAUUCAUUUACAACAGCAACGGUUUUUCUUUUCUAUUUUUACGACCACUUAGAGUUAUCGAAUCAAGUCCAAUUUUUUGUGUUUUCAGAGGGCAGGUGGAUGAAAAGUUAGGGAUGCACCGAUCUGAUACCUGAAGCUUUUAGAUGGAUGGGAUAUCGGUCAGAUGAGCCCGAUCCAAAUCCGGUACUGUGUGUUAAUCAUGUUUGUUUCUGUCAAUCUCCAAAAAUGACAUAAAAGAACCAUUAAAACACAAUUAAAGUUCACAUGACUCGUGCAUUUUAUUCAACGCCAUUUGAAGACGUGUGAUAGCUCUGUGAAUCACAAAAGACUGUGUUUAAUAAGUAAAUAUAUAGUAUGCGCAACGCCAGCCUGUUAGUGAAUGGCGCUGUUCUGUUACACACACACACACACACACACACACACACACACACACACACACUCACACACACACACACACACACACACACACACACACACACACACACACUCACAGCUAUUUUUAGCCUUCACAGCAUCUCAGAUGCUCAAUAGUUCGGUUCACUUAUAAUAUGCAUUUAGAACGGCACCAGAGGAGCAUUUGACCAGGAUUUGAAUAAUAAGCGAAUUAAACUACUGUGAACUAGCCCACAAACGGACACUUACAGGACGUCCUGGAGAGUUCAGAAUGUCAAAAUAAAAGCGUGAGGGUUUAAAAAGUGCACAAUUUAAUGAAUGAAAAGUGGGCUGAUGUCUUGCAACUAAAUUGAAUAAAAAAGAGAUCUGAUUCAUUUAAAGUCCAGAUGCAACUUUAAACAUUUUUGCAAAAAUAAACACUGGUUUCUUUUCUACUGAAGACUUGAAGACUGGAAUUCCUGUUAAUGUUGCUGCUGCAUUAUCCAGUACACUAGUGAACAAUAAAGUGUCUUAAUAAUCGAUACAUUUAUAUUGAAAUAAUGUGUCGUUAGAGGUUUGGGUUUCUUUACAUAUUAAAGAGUUCCACACAAUAAUGUAAAGAUAUUCUAAACUGAUUAUGCAAAAAACAACAACAACAACAACACUGGUAUCGGAUCAGGAUUGGAUGAAACUGAGAUUUCCGGUAUCGGAAGAGAAAGUGGUAUCGGUGCAUCCCUGAUGAAAAGUCACAAAGUCUUGUGCCCGGGGUCUUGUGCCCGGGGUCUUGUGCCCGGGGUCUUGUGCCCGGGGUUUGACAUAGAAACUGGCCCAAAAGUUGCUGGGGGUUGGUGAAAAACGAAAAUUGGUUUUGUAUGAAAAAUAAAAAAUUUCAGACUCUUAAAAACUGAGAUAAAGAUCAAUUUAAUGAUUUUUAUUACAGGGGGGGAAAGUGAUUUUGAAAUAAGAAUUCAAAAAGAAUAGGAAGGUUAAAUAUCUGACAGUUUGAUAUGAUUCACUGUUACCUUGAUUGUUUCUCUAUUGUUUUGUAAGAUCAUAUAGAAGUGAAUUAAUUAAUUAAAAUAGUCAUUAAACAUUUCGCUGUAAUCAAUUUCAAACCCAUAAAUGGAUCCGUUUUGGCGCUGAGUGUUGAUGUACAAACAUCAUUUCUGUGUUCUGAGGACAUGAACGGUUCCAAAUAGAAUCUCUGAAGUAUCAUUUCAUAAUUACAGUAAUUCCGACUCGACAUGAACGCACCAUAAAAACUUAUCUUUUUAUUAUUUUUCUGUGUAAAAAGUUUGUUUUGAGUCCUGAUAAAGAUGGCCAAGCAUCAAAUGUGUAUUAUGUGGACUUGCAUUUGUUCAAUAUAUGCUGUCGUAUAUGAGUUGUAGAUCACUGUGGGACUGUUCGCUGUAUGACAGAAGACUGGAGAGAAUGACUUCAUGUUUAUUUCUGUUCAAUUGUGGCUGUAUUUUAUUUCUUUGCUGCCUGCAUAAAUACCUGCUGUACAUGACUGUAAACACUCUGUGUAGUGUGAGGAUGUACGUAUUUUUAUCCUGAAUAUUUCAUAUCAGAUCAGGAAUUGUUUGUAUUGUGAAACAGGAAGUAAGAGGACUUUGAGUGUACGUUAGUGUAUUAAUACUGUCAUAAUAUCAUUUAAAGGUACAGUAAGUCUCAGCAGUUUCAAUAAUGCUGUAAGAUCCAUCUUGAAAACUGCUGCGGACAUGAGAGGAACUUGUCUUGAGACGUUAUGAUCCCAAACUCAUUGCCAACUGCUGUAUGUUUAACGCAACUGUUUCUGAACAAAACUCAACGAUACUUGUUACAACUGGAUGUGUUUAAAUGUAAGAUUGCACUUGUAAUCUGUGUAUGUGAAUAUCUAUAUACUCUUCCUGUUGGGCAUCUACCCUCGUGUGAAGUCUCGUCCCUCUUUUUCUUAAAAAAAAAAUAAAUAAAAAAAAGCAAAUAUUGAUGUUCCAGUGAGACGCUUGCAAUGGAAGUCAAUGGGGCCCAUUUUUGGAGGCAGAAAUGUGAAGCUUAUAAUUUUAUAAAAGCACUUACAUGAAUUCUUCAGCUGAAAAGUUGUUUAAAUAGUCAUUUUUAUGGUGGUUUUAAGAUUUACAGUAUUACAUCGUCAUGGCAACGAAGUUGUAAAAUUGGCUAUAACUUCACACAGUUGAAGGUAAGUGGAUUUAUCACAGUAAAAUCAUGUUAACACAUAUUGUUUAUGCAUUGUGGCUAUAUGUUUGUGGAUUGAUCCCCAUUGACUUCCAUUGUAAGUGCCGCACUGGACACAGAUGUAUUUUUAAAGAGGAGGAGGGACGAGUCAAAUGACAUUUAUGUGGGAAUCAAUAGUAUUGCACAAACGCUGUUGAUUAAGUUUAACUGGCUUAACUUACCCGGGAUGUUCUUUAAGUACCAAAAUGUUUUCCUAAGAAAACAUGUUUUAAUGGGAAUGCUUCUUGCUAAUUUUAGCAAGGUUAGAAGUUGGCGAGGAAGUGUAAUUGGGCUGUUCUCAUGAUCGUGAAUAUCGUGAUCAUAUAUUUUGCCGUAUCGUCCAGCCCUAUGGAUUUUUAUGGUGCCUUAAUGUCACAGUUUUGGACCCCAUUGACAAAUGCAUCUUCUACAUUCUUCAAAAUACCUUUGUGUUCCUCAGAAGAAAGAAAGACGGCAUGAGAGUGAGUAAAUGAUGAGAGAAUGAUCAUUGGGUGAACCAUCCUUUCAGACUGUAUGUGACUUACAUUUGAGCAGUUCCUCUCUGCGGGCUCUUAAACUGGCAGCUACACUGAAGAGGGUAAAAGUGAGAUUCGGAGCGGGUUGAGAUGGAUGUUUAAUAUUUCACUGACCAGGAGGAGUGUUUCUGGCUUUCAUUUUCCUUCCUGGAACAAAUAAGAAGAAUGAAAAGAUUUGAUUUAGUCAAGAGAGCGAAUCUGUGCCAUACACAUCAUACGCCGCUGAGUGUUACUACAAACAGAAUAAUGGCAGAACAAUUCAUUAAACUGGUCAAAUUAAUGCUAAAACUGUAGUGUGAAUGUCUGUGUUUAUAGCUUAGCUCUCUCUCUCUCUCUCUCUCUCUCUCUCUUGCUCUGUCUCUGAAGUCUGGAAGGAUUAAGCCAUCAAGGGCACAGAAAGCGUUGAGUGGUAUUUACUGUGUAUGAAUGUAAGACUGACCGAUUGACCCAGUAGCCUAAUUUCAAAUUGAGUUUCACCACCCUUGUUCUUCUACCUACAGCCCAACAAUAUACCAGUCCAAAACUCAUCACCUCCAUUUGGACACUUCACACAUCAGUUGGGCUCAGGGGUGGACUGGGAUGAGAAUAA